AUGGCAUCAGACCAUCCUUCCGUUACAGCGACCAAUGUUGAGCUUUCUCCUAGUGCCACUCCCGGCUAUACGCAUGCCAACGGACUGACCGGAGAAAGCGCAAAGAAAGCAUCCGAGCUUCUCACUGCCAAUCACGCACUCUAUCACACGCGAUGGUCGGCCCUGGGUUUUCACAUUUAUCACAUGGAUCCUUUGCUGAUGUCGACUUCGGACCAAAUCACUCAUCACCUUCUUGCUCUUUGGGCCCUUGGGGCAUCUCCCGAACAAAUUCAAGAAAUGUUUGAUUACAAUACGCCGUACCAAGUUUCUAUGAGACAACCUGAUGGCAUCGGCGCAGCGCAUGUGGACAUGGUGGAUACGGUGGUGUUUGAUGAGUGCCUUGGCAAGAACGAGUUCUAUAAGGAUUACCUACAAUAUUUUGAAAAUGAAAUCACCAAGAAGGGCAUGAAAGCCGUGGUCAAGCAGUACGUUCUCAAAGGGGAUGAAAGGGCAAACGACAUUUUUUGCCGCAUGUUCACAGAUAUGGGGGCUGCGAUGAUCCAUCUUGGAUGCGGUCUAGAGUUCCAGCAAUCCAGUGUUGUGGCAGAAGCACUGGCCUCAGCGUGUGUUCACGACGAUUGGCCAAAGAGUGUGUUGCUUCCCACCGAAGAGUUCGUCAGGUCAAACGUAAAAACUCCCACUAAGCCACUACUUCAAGUGCUAGAAAGCUUGCGUAGCGAUCCAGUCGUUGCAGCAGGUGUGAAAGCUUCCGAUCCCUUCAACAAAAUAAGAGACGGGCUCCUUAAGCGAGUUCCUAAAGAUCAUCUCGUGCCCUACCUGAGUCAAUUCCAAGUCAAAUCUGAGGCGCAGGAUCUAGAGCAAAAGCUAGGAGACAUGAUGCAAACCUGUGCGUACAUGACAGGCGCGGCACAGCAGCCGGACAAACUUGAGGCAAUUGACUAUGUCCUUCUGCAUAGUGUUACGCUCUCAGUUCACUACGCGGCUAUAUUGGCCCUGGACUGGCUCUCGGACGAUGAAAAAGCUCGGCUACUUGAAGCUAAGGGCAGAAUGGAUGCACUCACAUACGCUGGCUGUGGAAGUCCACGCCUUCAUCCGGAGCGCAUCAGUGCCUAUGUGCCAAAGUAUCCAAAUCAUGGUUGGCCUGAGCUUUUUCAACGCGCUGUGGUCUACCGCGAUGAAGGCCAUGUGGCGAAGUUGAUUCGCAGUUUGUAUGCCUUGGAACAGUUGGACGAGACUACCAUGAUGCCUGAAUUGCCAAUCCGGAAACCAGACUUUGUCAAGAUUGCCCACAUGGUAUUGGAUUCAACGGAGCGAUUAGCUAAUUCCAAUAGCAGCAUGUUGCCAGACAAGGUAGCAGAUGCCAUUGCUAGCCAGGUAGGUCUUGGAGGUGAGAUGGUGGUGAAUAAUAGGAAGAGGUGGGUGUUUUAUUGUGGGCUUGAUCAGGCCUGGCAAUUCUUUCCGGACUUGUAA